UCAAUCCCUGUUCCAGCUAUUACUUCCGGGUGAUGUUUACCGCAACAGAGUUGGACGACGACAGAGGAUAGUAAACUACGCAUUACUGGAGCACUACGGGGCGAGCUAGCAGCAGCAUAGCAUUGAGCUAAGCUACAUAUCGGGUGGACUUCCUCUCCUCUCGACCAUUUCUACAGCGAGAAGACUGUAGUGGAAGGUAAACCACCUCGACAUCGAGCGCCCAAGCUCGCAAUGCCCGGUUCCACGGCCAGCAGCAAAGCUCGGGUGUACACCGAUGUCAACACUCAGAAGAGCAGGGAAUACUGGGAUUACGAUGCACAUGUGCCAAGUUGGAGCAAUCAAGACAAUUAUCAGCUGGUGCGCAAAUUGGGUCGAGGGAAGUACAGUGAAGUUUUUGAGGCCAUCAAUGUGAGCAACAAUGAAAAAGUUGUAGUCAAAAUCCUCAAGCCUGUCAAGAAAAAGAAGAUUAAACGUGAAAUCAAAAUCCUUGAAAAUUUGCGUGGGGGAACCAACAUCAUUCGCCUGGUGGAUACAGUCAAGGAUCCUGUGUCCCGAACGCCAGCGCUUGUGUUUGAGUUCAUCAAUAACACAGACUUUAAGGAGCUUUACCAGAAGUUGACAGACUUUGACAUCCGUUUCUACAUGUACGAACUUCUCAAGGCACUGGACUACUGCCACAGUAUGGGCAUCAUGCACAGGGACGUAAAGCCCCACAACGUGAUGAUCGACCACCAGCUGAGGAAGCUGCGUCUUAUAGACUGGGGACUGGCAGAGUUCUACCAUCCUGCUCAGGAAUACAACGUCAGGGUGGCGUCACGCUAUUUUAAAGGGCCCGAGCUGCUAGUGGACUAUCAGAUGUAUGACUAUAGUUUGGAUAUGUGGAGUCUAGGCUGUAUGCUGGCAAGCAUGAUCUUCUUGAAAGAACCUUUCUUUCAUGGCCAGGACAACUACGAUCAGCUGGUCCGCAUUGCCAAGGUGCUGGGGACAGAUGAGCUCUUUGGUUACUUGCACAAGUAUCACAUAGAACUUGACACGCGCUUCAAAGACCUGCUUGGCCAGCAGACAAAGAAGCGCUGGGAGCAGUUUGUCCAGACGGAGAACCAGCACCUGGUGAGCCCAGAGGCUCUGGACCUGCUGGACAAGCUGCUGCGCUACGACCACCAGCAGAGGCUGACCGCCGCAGAGGCCAUGCAGCACCCCUACUUCUAUCCAGUGCUGAAGGAACAAGCAAAUGCUAAUACGGACGGCACAAAGGCAAUAAGUGGCUCGAAUGCGACAUGAUGAGCAGAAAGGAGAGAGAACCUUUGUUACCUCAACGUGACCUUUUUGUGGCAGAAACCUCUGCCUCCACAACAGCCAUACUGGAGCAAGAUGUCAAUUUGCAACACACACAAAACACAUGGAUAAAACUCUUAAACCCCCUGACAAAACCAGGGCAUCGAUGCUGUUUGGUCCCUGCCACAAAUGCAUCAGAUAUGCGCUUUGAGGUGCCCCCUACUCCACCCUACCCCCCCCCCCCCCCCCCCCCCCCCCCCCCCACCGCCCAAAAUACCCCUUCUCCAGUACCCAAACCCCGUUUUUAAAAUGAGCAAAGUUGUUGGACUGUUGACCGAUGUUGGUUCUGUAUCAAACCAGUGUUGUACUGUAGGCUGUGUGUGCGUGUGUGUGUGUUCGUCAUUUUGACGCUGUGGUGACCUGAGAUUGAGUUCCAGGUAUAUAGCACUGAGUGGCAUGGAGGCUCUUUUCUGCUAUGGAUAGAAUAUAUGCUAUAUUGAAAGAGAAUAAACCAUUUUUAUUUAAAUUCAAGAUGCUGCGGUUGUUGUUAAUGACUGGACUAAUCGCUUGGAAUGACUUGGAUGAACUUCAUUGUAUAUAGCUGUAGUUGCGGAGGAAUCCUUGAAAGGUAACGCUACAUUACUUGUGCUUAACCUUAAGCAUGUGUGGCACGGUUAAUACAGCUUUGACCAAAUGCUUGGGCUCUAGCUUACACAAAUGCUUGUGUAAGCUAGAUCCUGAAUACAUUUCUUAUGAAAAGAAAUUCACAAUAUUGUAGAUCUCAGGGGUCAUUUUGUUUUUCCAAAAACUGUACAUAGAUAUGUUAUGUCAGGGAAACACAUUAUUUUUUCAAUCUUUUAUUUUUAUUAAGACUAAAUGAAAAGUGUUAGGUUGUUAAUGACACCAGAUUCACAGUUUAUUUUUUGAAAGAAAUGCAUUUGGAAUACAUGGCUUCCAGAACAAACGGUGCAUCAUAUGUGCAAUACGAAUGGGCGCAUUUGUUAAGGUCGAACUGGGCUUAGUUAUGUCUUUCUAAAUUGAGGUCACCUCAAUUCGACUUUGGUGAAUACAAAUUUGUAUCUGCUUACCAAUAUAGGGUUUCCUUGUAAACAAAGCAGAAUUCUCUAGUGCAAAUAUUGGAAAUCGAUAACAGGAAUGGCUUUCACAUUUGAAAGUAAAUUUGUAUGCAAAAUUGAAUCAUUUUUAAUAAUAAGUUGGCUGAGUUUUUUUUCUUAGUCAUGUGCCAACGCAUACAAACUAGAAGACUGAACACCUCUAGGCCCACGCCACCAAAACAAAUGCAUUGACAUACAAUAAUGUAUAAUAAAUGAUAAACACUUCAAAAAAGCCGCCUUCUAAUACAAAUACUGGCUACAGCAGAUGAGUUUUACACCCAUCAAAGGCACGCCCACCGCACCCUGCGUUCCUCUCCCUGUGUAUCAGGGCACAGGCAAGAAUGAGGCUGAAACGCACAUAGGACGAAUGAGGCUAAGCUAUGGUGAUUAGCCGCCUAGCGCUGCAAGUGGUAUUAGGCUAGAGUUCAUUUAAGAAGCCUUCGUGGCUCGGAGACAAACAAGUUUGGUUGCAGCGCAAGGGAAGCCUGAACGGGUGCAUCACAAUACAGUAGCAUCGAUACGAAAGACCACCAAGGACCCUUAGAAGACCUGAUCAUGGUAUUGGUAACUCUCAAAGCUUUAAGAAAAUAAGCCCAGGGAUAGUUUUCUAAGACACUGAGUCCACUGGCACUUCUUGUUUUAGAGAUUCUGGGUCUCAGUUGACCACCUGAAACUGAUGGAUCCUUGGUGCCCUUUUUUGCAAAUUCAAACACCCUAAGGCAUAAAAAAACGGUUCUUGACUAAAAGGUCCGGUAUAAAGCUAAUACCAUUGACAUUCAAUCCUUUUCUUAGUAAAACACAAAUGAAUAUAAAAAAAUAAUAAUUGCAUAAAUAAUGAUAUGCUAAUGAAUGCAAAAAAAAAGAACAUUACAAGACACAAUAGUAUUAUUGUGCUGUAUAGGCGUUACAUAUAUUAAUACUGUGUGGAUGAAAAGUACAUAUAUAGUGGAAGAGUAUUGAGGUAAUUUCAUAGGGAGUGUCAAGGCGGGAGUGGACGGGCACUUGUAAAAUACUUAUAUGCAAAAAGGAAAAGGGAGACACUGACAUGCAUAAGACACAUGAUAAUCAUUUGAAAUGUAGAUAGAGGUGAUUUGUGUAUAUGCCCCGUGGUUCGUACAAUUCAAGUUUUUUUUUUUUUUCUUUUUCAAGGCGCCCAUACAAGCAUUGGUUAAAUACGAUAACGAUAUUUCCGUUGGAUAUCAAAAUCUACUCCCAAUACAAUUGGAUACCUUCCUUUUAAAAAAAACAAAACAGACCUUUGUACGGCUGC